AUGGAUGGGCUUGAGGUGGCUCCAGAACAAUACAGGGGGGCACGAAGAUAUACCAGCGGGCCUCAAGUAGCACCCGACACGGAAAAAGAAGUCACAAAGGAUACUGGAUACUUAUACUACGUUUCUGGACCAGAAAGGACAAACCACGGCUCACUUGAAGAUGGUUCCCUCAAAAUAAAAGCUCCGAAGGAACCUAAGAAGAUAUGUGGAGUGGCUUCCAAGACCUUCUGGUUGCUGGUAGUUGUCGCGCUUCUGGUCAUUGGUGGUGCUAUUAGUGGCGGAGUGGGAGGAUGGCUGGCAAACAAAAAAACCACCGCCGAGUUAAGGAAACCAGAUCUCGAUACCACUUCUACAACAUCUACAGAACCACGAUCCUCUACCACCGCCACCGAAUCUUCCUCUACAACCUCUACGGAACCAGAAUCCUCUACCACCGCCACCGCCACCGCAUCUUCUUCUACCACCACCACUGCAUCCACUACAUCCUCAGCCCCUGUGACAUCGGGCACAAUAGGUGUCGCUGAAAAUCCGUGUCCCGGACGAAACUUGACAACAGAGACGGGAUCUGAUGGGUCAAUAUUUACAUUGUUGUGUGCCGUGGACUGGCCAAGCGGCGUGGAGUCGGCAUACGGCAAUGGAACAGUCAAAGAUCUGAGCGCUCUUCCAGCAACUGAAUAUACCUUGAAGUCCUGCAUUGCUCAAUGCGUCCAAUGGAACCAGGAUACGUCAAACGACCCGCAAUGCAAAGGAGUUGUGUAUUCUGCAAACUUGACUGCUUCCUUUGACGGUGGACAGGGGGGAAAUUGUUUUUUGAAAAGUGGCGUCGGCAGGUAUUAUCCUAAUUCUAAUACUUCUAUGGCCGCGGGGCUCUUGGGGGGCUGA